AAACGAAAUAAAACUAAUUAACGGAGUAUAGUGAAGACCAGCAAGCAGUUGCAUGGACCCGGAUUGAUUCAUUACAGCUCAAACUUUGUCCGAAUCCUUCUUCCUAUUUAUACCACUCCCUCCUUCUUCCUCAAUUUCAUCACACCAAACCUCUUACUUCUCCACAUUGACGAAAGUACCCCUUUUGCUUCUCCUCGCUUCUUCUUUUUUGUUCUUCCUUUGCAUGCUGUAAUUGUUUUGCUUCAUCAUGGGGGUUUUAGUUAUCUCGGCUCUCCUUCUGCAUGUCUUAGCGUUUUCCGUCUGCGUUCAAGGCUUCUACCGUCGUGGCGGCCACCAUCCCGGCGGCCACAUGGGACCGUGGAUUAACGCUCAUGCCACUUUCUACGGCGGUGGUGAUGCUUCCGGCACUAUGGGUGGAGCAUGCGGGUACGGGAAUCUGUACAGCCAAGGCUAUGGCACGCAGACGGCGGCGCUGAGCACGGCGUUGUUCGAUAGCGGACUAACCUGUGGUGCGUGCUUCGAGCUUAUGUGUGUCAACGAUCCUCAGUGGUGCAUCAAAGGCCGCUCCAUUGUGGUCACUGCCACUAACUUUUGUCCUCCUGGUGGCGCCUGCGAUCCUCCCAAUCACCACUUCGAUCUUUCUCAGCCCAUCUACGAGCAUAUCGCUCUAUACAAGUCUGGUAUCAUUCCGGUUAUGUACAGAAGGGUUCGGUGCAAGAGAAGCGGCGGGAUAAGGUUCACGAUCAACGGCCACUCAUACUUUAACCUGGUGCUGGUCACAAACGUUGGUGGAGCCGGAGACGUACACUCUGUCUCGAUGAGAGGGUCAAGGUCAAAAUGGCAAUUAAUGUCAAGAAACUGGGGGCAAAAUUGGCAAAGCAACUCUUAUCUCAACGGUCAAAGUCUGUCGUUUGUUGUCACCACAAGUGAUCGCCGAAGCGUCGUGUCGUACAAUGUUGCUCCUCCCACUUGGUCCUUUGGCCAGACCUACACCGGAGGGCAGUUUCGGUUUUAACUUCUACAAUUAUAUUUAUGAUAGACCGGUUUGGUUUGGUUCGGUUUUUGUAAUUGCCUUUUUCCCGGUUCUAAGUUGGGGACCUUUUUUUUGGUAACCAAUUGAAAUUGAACUGAAGUGUUUUGUUAGCGAAUGUGUGUUAUUUAAGAGUCUGCAAGGAAUAUAUAAAAAUAUAUCUUUGUAAUGGAUUCGAUAAGAAAUGGUUCAACAUGUAUUAUGUUUUUUUGUGUGUGUUAUGAUAUGAUUCAGAUUAUCUUGGUGUUGUUGUGCUUGCUUUUGUUUUAGAAGAGCUCUUAUUCGAAACAAGUCCUAAUAUGUUAUAUGAAUUCUU